AUGAAAGAACUGCAGGGAUCUAGAGACCCGACAGACAAGUCUCGAGACCAAACCCGCACUCCGCGAAGACAUAGCACACGGCUUCCAACAACUGCCAUCAAAAGUUCCAAACGAAAUAGGUCACCAGAGCCAACUGCGAGCAGCAGUCGCAAACGAACAUCACUCUCACGCAAUCAAUCCACCCUUACCCAGAUAGACUUUGUGACCCAAACUACGGCCCAGGAUGAUGAACAACUCGAUUACAUCGACGAAGACAAACGUCGUGAGAAUGCUCACACCGAACCCUUGAAACGAAGCGAUGGUUCCGACAAGGAUUCAGACUAUCUCCCGGCACCACCGGUGCGGUCAACUCGCGUUACAAAAUUCAAGAUGAACGACCAAGAGCGUAAUUCAAGUGACCGCCUGCUAAACCGGAGGAAUUCUGGAUUUGGCGAUCGAGACGCAGACUCAGGUCAUAAGCCACAAAAGAAUGAAACCCCGAAGGCAACUGUCCGUACGAAUAAAGGUGGCCGGAAAUCCUCAGAAAAGUCAACAGGGAAACGCAACAAGACCUUGACUCAGAUGGAUUUUGUACGACGUUAUAUUACCAUCGAUGACGAUGACGACGAUGUGAAUAUGGGAUACAUCCAGCCGACACCGCACAAGAAAGGCAUCAAGAAUGAACAACAAAGGCUCAUGGCCGAGUUGAAUGAAAUGCAGCUCGCGAGGCAUGUGACGCCUGCCAAACAGAGCCAACGAGUAUUUGAAGAGGAGCUGGAUUUGUCAACCGGAGACCCUAUCUCACAACCAAUUGCAGCACAAGAGAGGGAACUUGAAAAUGAGAACGAGGACUGGCGGGAAUCUGCAGGGCUGGUCACACCACAGAAGUCCCGAAUGCGCGAGAUCCCCUCCUCACAGACGCCCGAAAGCCCCGGCCUCGCCAUCAUAACAUCAUCUCAAUUUCGCAGUGCUACUCGCUCACCUUCGAAGAAGAAAGUAUUAAAUCCAACAAAUCACUGCAUACCGCUUAUCAAAGAAGAGUCGCCGGAUAUUCGAAGGGUGGUAGAGGACCCACAAGGUCCCGGCAAUGAGUCUUCGACACGGGGAACAACAUUAGACUCUCAAAGCAUGCAUAAUUCCUUGAAUAUGUCCCUACCCAAUAAUGCCGAAGAUUUCCCUUCAUCAGCUCCACGAUUGGAGUCGAAUCCACAAGAACUACUCACGGGAGAAAAUGAGACCCCGAGGAAUAAGCUCAACAAGAGAGAGAGGACAGUGGUCUAUGAGACGGAUGCAGAUUCUGAUUACGAUGACUCCGAGAACAGUCUUAACAGAGAUUCUGUGACACCAUCUCCAAAGAAAAUAACCCAAGCAGCCCGACCCCGGGUCAUCUCGCAGGCUACCCAAGAGGGCCCAGAAUCACCUAAGGAUGAUUCCCAAGAACUCCCUCUGCCAGCUCAUCAAUCGAGCCCCGACUUAGAUGACGCUCCUCCGCCUGAACCUCCAAUGUCCGAUGCCUCUGUUUGCUAUCAAAGAAUGCACGCAGCUACGCAAUUCCCCCACGAACCAAUCCCGUCGCUGAAUACACAGAAGAUGGCCGAGCUUUUCCCACACGAAGGUAGUACCCAGAUGUCCAACCUGGGACCAGGGCCAUUGAAUCCUUCCCGAAAUCAGGUACCGGGGCCGUUCUCGCAAACGCAAACGCAGAGCCAGGGAGACAAAGACCCCACUGAAAUGGUUCCUGAAUCCUCACCCACACGAGUACUUGAACAAGAGGGGGCGGGCCAUGCUACAUUUCAACGACCUCGUGUUCCUAAAUCAGUGGUUCAGGUCGAGUCCUCGCAGGCGGUGGACCGAGAUCCUCAUUGGCAGGCCCAAGCUCUCUCUCGAAGCCAGCUUUUGACAUCUAGUGUUAUGGAGAGUAUCCCAAUGCCGGAUUUUUGGAUGGGAAGUCAAGACAGUGUGGGUGAGCCUUACAGCUUACCUGAAGGGUGA